GAGAGAUGCAGUGGCAGAUAUUAAUACCAAAUCCACCCAUCACCAAAACCAGCAGCCGCAAUUACCAAAACCACCCUCUCACCCGCUACAUAUACCGCCCCUUCUCCCACUCUUUCCCACCUCCCAGCAACAGCACCGUAGCUCAGAGAAGAAGGAACGAGGAAGGAAGCAGAAAUAUUUAGCCUUGAGUUUGUGACCGGAUGCCGCACAUGAGCCGGGUAUGGGCGGCGGCCACGGUAGCCGCCGUGCGUGCGCAGCGCGAGAGGGCGCCUUCCGCCGCGGCGGGGGCCGGUGCGGGGGCGCGGGACCGGCUGGUCGGGCUCGCCCCCCAGGCGGCCGCGCUGGCAGCGGCGCGGGCGGCCGCCGACGACGGCCGCAGGCAGGCCGGCGCCGACGAGUCGCUCCGCAAGGCCAUGUACCUCAGCUGUUGGGGACCCAGCUGAGGUAAGGCGGCCGUGUGAUGAGUUACCGUCGCCGCCGCCGGCUGCCCGGCCGGCGGCCCAUGUCGGGUGUUCCAUCCAGGGCCGGGCCUGGGGUUCGCUGCCACCAUAUGAUAGCGUCAUGAUUCAUGAACUCACAAGAUGCGUUGAGUCGUUGAGAUGUGGUCGCCUGGUCGGGAUUGUAUGCAGUAACAUCUUUGGAAUUUGUUGGACUCAAAAGCUGGGGGUGACUGAACUGUAAUUCGCACAUAGGACUACUCCUAGGCUUCAUGUAGAUAUUCAGUGGAGCUUACUAAUAAUCGGGGAAAAAUAAUGAGAAGUGGUUUCAUCUUUUGGAACUUGGAAUAUUAUCAUCGAUCGCGCA